AGUACAGUUUCGGUUCAAACCGUCUAUCGCCAUUGAAAUGGAAAAGGUCAUAUUUUUCUAUGGCUCUGGGUCUAUGCAGUCAAGCAACAAAUUAACAAACUCCACCACAGCAGAAAUCGCCAGAGUCAGUUAGUUCGGAGAAGCCAGUGAAGUGAACUGAUCAGUGAUCACCGGAAAAGCUUGACUUGUUUACAUCCGGUUAGAAAGAACGCGCAUGAAGAAGAAGAUAGCUAACAUAAUCGAACUACCGUUUUGUACAAUGCGAGGUUUCUAACCACCUAAAUGUCUCAACUAAAUGUGUUCAGGGAUUAUCUCAAUGAGCGAUUAACAACGGCAGCUUUGGAGAUAUUCGCAUUCGCUGAGAAAUCAUUUGCAAAGUUCGAAGAGGAGAUUUAUCGUUCAAAGGAGGAGAGCUUGCGACUUCAACGCUUGUUGGACAUUGUCACUCAACCUGCGAUCAAGCUUCACCGAACAGAUGUGCUGCAGCUUUCUCUCCUGGAACCCCAACAGAUUAAAGAGGAACAGGAGCUGUGGACCAGUCAGGAGGAAGAGCAGCUCCAAGGACUGCAGUCUGAAACUACACAUUCCAUGUUCACUUCUACCAGUGUGAAACAUGACUGGGAUCAGGAGGACUUUUCUGAAUGUUCACAUCUUGACCAAACUGUUAAAGUGGAGAACAGAGAAGGAGACUCUCUACCCAGCAACACAACUGAGGAACAAAUCAAUGCAGAGCUUGAUGGACAAGAUUGUGCAGCACCAGAACCAGGCAGUGACUCUCACCCCCUCUCUGUUGUAUUUCCAAACUGUUUUACAGCUCAGAGUUUGGAGAAGGUGGAACAUGAAGGAGUGCUGCUUCUUCUGAACAGGACACAAGACAGUGGGGUUCGACCAAGGGAAAAUAUGCCACAGAGACGUCACACAGGAAAAACAUUACAUCAGUGUCAACAUUGUAACAAAACUUUUAGUAGAAAAGGUGCUUUGGUUUUUCAUAUGGGGACACACACAGAAGAUACAUCCAAUCACUGUCAACAAUGUAACAAAUGCUUUGCUAAGAAGGGUAGUCUGGUUAAACACCUGAAGACACACACAGGAGAGAAGCCUUAUCACUGUCAACAAUGUAACAAACUGUUUGCUGAGAAGGGUAAUCUGGUUAAACACAUGAAAACACACACAGGAGAGAAACCUUUUCAAUGUCAGGAAUGUAGCAAACUAUUUGCUCGAAGGGAUACUCUACGUGAACACAUAAGGACACACACAAGAGAGAAACCAUAUAAGUGUCAACUAUGUAACAAAUCAUUUACUCGUCCAUCUCGUUUGGUUAUUCACAUGAGGGCACACACAGGAGAGAAACCUUAUCAGUGUCAACAAUGUAACAUAUGGUUUCGUCAGAAGUAUAGUCUGGUUUGUCAUAUGAGGACACACACAGGAGAGAAACCUUUUAAAUGUCAGAAAUGUAGCGAACCCUUUUCUAAAAGUAGUGCUCUGUACAAACACAUGAGGACACACAUUUUUCAGAAAGAGUUACCUCCUACGACAUUUUUGCAAAGCCACUCAGACUAACUUUUGGUAAGAAUGGGGAGAAAUCUUGGGCUAAAACAAAGGGGGUAGGGGGGUUGAACUUGUUGCUAUGGAUAAUUUCAAGAAGCUUAUUAACUAUGUACACAGUGAUUAGAUCGGGGGAUGGAUAUCUGUCAAUUAUUUAAUCAUAGAAAUAUUACAUAAGGUAUUAUGUUCAGUAAGAUGUUCAAUUGUAGGUUGUCUCUAAUCAAAUAAGUAUGUUUAACUAAUUGUCAGUCUCUUAUACAUGCAUCUCGUAAAGAAAAAACGAAUAUGCAGAAAGGCAGCUUUAUGAAUUGUUGAUGUGGGGUCUGCAGUCAGAGAGCUUGUUUGAUGCAUUGUUAUGUGUUCUGCUGAGGUAUACCUAGUUCUUCUGUGCUGCAUAGCUGCAUUUUCCCUAUGGCCAAGUAGCGUACAGUUGUUGACCCUGAUCUCCAUUGUUACUGGGUUGUUUCUGUAAGUGACUUUAUUCUUAGGGGCCGUUUUUCGUAUGUCGCUAACUGAUUUGAUUAAUGAUGAUUUGUCAUGAUCUUGGAUUGUUAGGUUCUUUGACACUUAUCCUGGACUUGCUGUCAUAGCAACAUGUUCAUUAGCUUAAACCUGCUCGGGGGCAGGCUUAUUUUAUGUAAACAAGAUUUGAUUGUGGCUUUAUAAGCAGAGGUGAUACAGGAAGUCUUUCACAGCCAUGUCUUGUCUGUUUAUAGGACAUUAAACUGUUACGGAGGGUGCAAGGCUAAUUUGCGGAGAUUUUUUAAAUUAUUGCGUGAUAGACAGGAUUCUUUAGUGCGGCACGAUAAUAUACGCAGGGCUGCACAAUUAGGGGCAAAAUGAUAAUCACGAUUAUUUUGGUCAAUAUUCAAAUCACGAUUAAUGAUCAUGAUUAUUUGUUGAUUUUAACUAAAACAAAUGUUGUCACAUAGGCUAAUUAUAACUGCUUUCACAUCCAUAUUGUGAUACAAUUCGGCUAAUGUUCAAAUAUGUGCAUAAAAAUAAAAUGGGUCCUUUUAAUCACCAAAAUUCAAUGCAUCUCCUUAAAGAAGGCAUAAGAAUAAAAAGAAAUCAAAGAAAAUGUAGCAAAACUUCAACAGGGCACUAUUUUCCAUUUUACGCAAAUUUUGUUCAUGGAAAGCCAAAAUCGUGAUCGUGAUUAAAAUUCGAUUCAUUGUGCAGCACUAACUGUACGUAUUGAGAAAUAUCGGUUUUCUCGUGAGGGUGUCAUUUACAUCAUAUAGUUGGUGGAAGCACAUUAAAUUAUAUGACAUUAAAGAUGAUAAACAAAGUAAUUAUGAAAAUAUUACAAUACAAAAACAUUUAGGCCUAGCCUACUGUAAUGAGUGAUAAAAUGUCUAACAAGAUCACUACUACACAUUUAUUUAUCUGCUACUUUUCGCCAGCCCUCCUGGAUUUUUCAGACUUUUAGGUGUUCCCUUAGCCUGGCUGCCAGCCCAACUUAUCCCCGCCCACAAAAAUAUUUGGUCGGGAAGUUGGGUCUGGGGGGGCACGUUUGGGGAAAAACU